CAGGCAGUCAGUCAGCACAGAGUUAGAUAGGCGCGAUGGAGGCACAACAACUCAAGACUUUCCCAAAGCAACCUAUCUUCCAAAACUCAAAGACCCGCGGUAACAAGAAGGUCACCAAGGACCGUCGCUGGUACAAAGACGUCGGUUUAGGCUUCAAGACUCCUCAAGAGGCUGUCACCGGCACUUACAUCGACAAGAAGUGCCCAUGGACCGGUGAAGUCUCCAUCAGAGGCCGUAUCUUGACCGGAAAGGUCGUCUCUACCAAGAUGACAAGAACUAUCGUCAUCCGUAGAGAAUACCUUCACUACGUUCCAAAGUACAACAGAUACGAGAAGCGCCACAAGAACCUCCCAGUCCACGCUUCCCCUGCCUUCCGUAUCGAAGUCGGUGACCAAGUCGUCGUCGGUCAAUGCCGCCCACUCUCAAAGACCGUCAGAUUCAACGUUCUCCGUGUCAUCAAGAACAAGGCUGCUGCUAAGGCUUUCGCAAAGUUCUAAACGCCAUUCUGUAGCUUUUUAUGUAUAGGUCUUUGUUAAAUACAAGAAAA